CAGAAUUUGCUGAGCAUCCGUCACUUCCUAAGAACGUUAUACUGAAACAUUAUUUUUUACUAUUUGAACAAUUAAGAUGUACUUUAAAAUAUUGGUUUUAUGUGGAAUCCUUGCUGUCAAAAACGGCAUUUGCGACGAAAGGAGAGCCGUGUCGUUUGUUCCUGAAGUAGCCGACCACAUAACGAAAACUAUCAAAUACUGCAUGGUUAAAUAUGACAACGACCCGAAGAUUAUCGAACUAGUUAGACAAGGCAGUUACGGUGUAGACGAGCCCUUCAAAAAAUUCAUUUACUGUGCCUAUCAUAAAUCAGGGUAUGCUAACGAAGAUGGCCACGUUUUAGUUGAUAAAGUGAUUAAAGCUUUUCCUAAAGAUGCUAACAUUGAAGAAGUUACGAAAAAAUGCAGUAUGAUAAAAGGAGACGACGCGGAAGAUACAACGUAUCAAUUCUUCAAGUGCUUCGAACUGAAUGCUCCCAUUCGUCUGGCAUUGGAAUAAGUAAAACGGAAAAUUGUUAUAAAAAAAAAUAUGUUGCUAUAUUAUGAUCAUAAUACUUUGGGUAAUUUAAAGAAUGUGAUUUGUUACAACAAUUUAUUCACGUAAAAAUUUAUAAUGUGUAAGGUACAUAGCAGUGGUCAAGGGUCCAUAUAACUCAAUUCCUGCCGGCUUCCCUUGCAUAAUUUAUGUAAAAUUUAAGUAUCAUUAGAACAAUUUGCAGAGCGCAUUCCUGCAUAUUAGUAUUUACAUAUUGUGUCGUGUUCAGUGGCGAAGUGUGACAUUUUUCAAAAGGUAAGCCGAUGUAAAAAAAAUGCCCUAGUAAUGGUAUCAAGGCCAAUUUAACAGAAAUCAAAAACUAAGAUAAACAUAAAUGAAUAUAAAAGGGAAGCCGAUAGGAAUCGCGUUUAAUGGACGCAUCGCCACUGGUCGGGUUCCCUUUUGGAAAAUUUCACCCUUCGUCACUGCAUAUAUGCAUAAAUGCGGUCUGAAAAUUGUUAAAAUAAAUUUAUAUAAUUAAUGAAAGAGAGGCCGCAAGAAAUCGGCUUGUAUAGACUCUUCGCCACUAUGUUGUUCGCUACUUCGGCCGUGUGAAAGCCAAUGUUUUUUAUAAACAUUCCAUUAUAUAUUUUUCGGGAAUAAGUAAAAUAAUAUUACUAAGAUCUUCAAGGUUUAUGCUAAGAAGAAUAUAAUAUUUUACACACUCA